CUCUCCUCUAUAAUCUGUGUCCUCUUGUCAUAUCAGCUGAUUGCGUCAUUGCAUUUUAAAACAAUAAACGCAAAACAAAAAACAAGUCGUAAUAGUCAAUUUGGAGCUCGACUACGUCGUUUUGCAAAUUACUGUGCAUAAAUUGAGCAAUAAUGAAAUUCCAAUAUAAAGAAGAACACUCUUUUGAAAGAAGAAAGACCGAGGGAGAAAAAAUACGCAGGAAAUAUCCUGACCGUGUUCCAGUGAUUGUGGAGAAAGCGCCCAAAGCUAGACUCGGAGACCUCGAUAAAAAGAAGUAUUUGGUGCCAUCAGAUUUAACUGUGGGGCAGUUCUAUUUCUUGAUCCGAAAGCGAAUUCAUCUACGCCCGGAAGACGCACUGUUCUUCUUUGUGAACAACGUAAUACCUCCUACAUCUGCUACGAUGGGAUCGCUUUACCAGGAACAUCACGAUGAAGACUUUUUCCUAUAUAUUGCAUUUUCUGACGAAAAUGUUUAUGGAUAUUAAUAUUUGUAAUUAAAAUUCACUACCUAUAUUACUAUCAACCAUAUGUCAAAUUUUCUCUCCAUAUGGUUUAUUUAGUUGUUAAGGCUUAGCAAUAUUGAUGUAUUAUGUUUUUGAAGGUGAUAAUUGAUUUUUAUUUGCGGUUUCAUCUCACUACUUUGUAAAUGCAAUUUUACUAUAGUUUUGGAAAAAUAUCACUACAUAUUAAAUGGGUAAAAGGAUUUCAUUUUUCAAUUUCUUUGUUUGGUUAAGUGUGUAACAAUUUCUGCAUUGAACAAUAAAUAUAUUUAAAAUA